GCGUCCCGUAGCUCCAUUGUUUCUCAUUCCUCUACAUCUUCAGUGAGGAAGCUCGCUGUGGCUCCUGUGAGAGGCAGGAGGGGGGAGGGGAGGGGAGGGUGGGGGGCCUGCAGAGCUGCCGCUGCUGCAGCCAAAACCCAGACCUCUGUCCCCUGUCCUCUGCAGCGUCCGCAAGAAAAAGCCAAAUCCUCAAAGAACCAACCAAAAGACGACCACACAGCAGAUCCUGGUGUGAGGGUGAGCAGUGAGUUAGUAGCCUCUGUUCAGUCCUUGGUGGCCGUCCUCCAGCAGCAGAUACACACUGGCAGUCACCAGGAGGCUACACACACACAGGAAAUCAGAAGUCCUCAAGAAACCGGACUGACACAUCAUCUUCCAAACAAAAACAGGGAGGAGGAGCUGAAGAUGCAGCUGGCUCAGAAAGAGAGGGAGCUGCAGCUGAUGAAGGAAGGAGCGGAGGAGAUCACCUCACUGAAGCAGCAGAACUACCUCCUGCAGAGCAAGCUGCGAAGUGCAGAAGACGAAGGUCUGAAGAAGAAACGAGCGGAGGCCUCUGACUCUGCCUCUGGGGAAAAGCUCCAACAGCUUGACAGAGAAAUGAAAGAGCAGGAGACGCUCAUCAAAGGAUACCAGCAGGUUUGUUUCCAUCAACACUCCCCCUCUAAUGUUCAUUUAACACUAUGACCGCCAG